CGUUUUUUGCUUGAUCUCCGACAACUAAGUCUCCAGUCCAAUCAAGACAGCGCCAUGGUGAAAGGCCGCUUCACCAUCAACCCGUUCAAGGAGCUGAUACUCACUCCAGGCGACGUCAGUAACCUGCACGAGAUUUCCAGCGCGAUCCUCGAUUCCAAUCUAUCACGAUACGAGGAAUUCCUCAACGUUGACAGAAGUCGAGUCGAUCCAAAUCACUGGAAGCUCGUCAAGAGUCGAGAUAACACUAAGGUGUACCAAGAGAAGGCAGCAGGUGUCAGUCGCAAUGCUGUCCCGCUUCCUCAAGCUUCAGGCUCCUCGUCCGAAUUGCCGUCUUUGCUUUGCGUCGGUGUCACGGUGGGUGACAUGGAAGACAUGAUGUUCGGUGUAGUGAACCCCACGCUCGAGAUCAUGCGUAUUAAGGCCUCGUACGUGGAAGACAUCAGUGGUGCAGCAGUACUCGCUAACAUUGUCGAGCCAACGCUUGAGAACCCGUUCAACUCGAUGGUCGUCAAGUGGAUGGAGAUGGAUAUCCCGCUUCAGUCCGUCGGGCUGGUGAGGAACCGGGACUACAUCUACGUCGAAGUGACAGGCUUCGUGCAUCUCGAAAACGGAGAGAAGGUCGGCUACCACAUUCUCCACUCAGUAAAUUUCCCCGAGACUCAUGACCUGCCCAACCGAGUGCGUGCGAAUUUAUCGAUCUGCGGCUUCUUCCGACAAGUUCGACCCAACGCGAGUGAGAUCUUCGUCACCGGUUUGAUGGAUCCGGGUGGUGAUAUGAUCCGCAUGUUGGUGGUGCCUACGAUGGCCAACACCUUCCUUUCCACUCUGAAAUAUGCACACUGCGGUCAGAUGAAGAAGCUCCAGUACAUGCUGGAGAAACGCUACAACGAAGCCAAGGAGCUUGGUACUCCUAACCGAGAGCAUAUUUGCGUGACUUGUGGGGCACAGAUCACGAACCGCAGACUGGGAGACUUCGGUAAGACCGACGCGUCGUGUAAGCUCUGCUUCGGCUUCGUGUGCCACAAUUGCAAGAUCCAGAGGAAACUGAGCUUUGUGACCCCGGAUUUGCUCUUAGCACAACGUAAGGUCACGUUCUGUGCCGUUUGCCUCAACGAUGCAGUGCGUGCUCCUGCUGCGGACGCUGCAAGGGCGCAGAUUAUCACUUCCGUUGGAGGUGUGAUGAAGAAAUACUCGCUCUGCCACGGCUCAGAGGCGAGCACAAUUUCUGAAUACGCAUCUAGUUGCGGUUAGUGGGUUCAUAGCUGAGGUAGUACUCGUGUAUGUAUUGAAAUGGAAUGUCGAUUGUUAGCUUUUCAAUUUGGUGACCUGCAUUAAAUAUUUCUUUUUGAG